AUGGACAGUAUAGGAGAGGCUUGCAGCGAUUUAAAGAAGCAGUAUGAUGCAUGUUUUAAUUCUUGGUUUUCAGAACACUUUCUUAAAGGAAACACAAAUGAUUCAAUGUGCGCCCCAAUGUUUAAAGUGUAUCAACAAUGCGUUAAGAAAGCAAUGAAGGAACACAAAAUAGACUUCCACGAGGUAGAAAAAGACUUAUUAGGAACCAGCGAAGAAAGACAGCCCCCAAAAAACGGAAAAUGA